CCUGUCAAAGGCAGAAAAAACUAGUCAGUUUUUUAGAAUAAUUUUCACACAAGAAAAUUAUGUUUGUAAUUUUCAAGCAAAUUUAAUCAAGAAACUUUUGCUGAAAAACGCUAAUUCUUGAACAAAAAUAAUGUGGAUAAAGAAACUUAAUAGAUUGAAUAACUAAAAGAAAACACCAUAGAAACACGGGGAGGAAGCAAUAAGAUAAACAAAAAAUCUAGUAGCCACCGCUAACUAUAAGAAGAUAUUGUAUUAUGGCAGAUACAGCGGCACCUGAAGUAGUUUCUACAAACCACGAAACACCAGUUUCCAACGCGAACAACAGCGAAAAUGCUGCACAAAAUGCAACUCAUUCACAACAGGAGGCAGAUCAAACGACAGGGCAAGAAACAGCUUCAACUUCUCAACAAUCAGCAGCUGCUAAUAUUCCACCAGCCCCAACACAACAACAAGAGCCUCAGCCACCACCAUUACCACCCCGAGAGCAGCAACCUGCUACUAUUCAAAUCGGUGCAAAUCAAAUGGCCAAUAUCAUAAGUGUCAGUUAUUUGGCUGCCAAUGGACUUAAUAAUCAACGCAAUCGUGGUGGUGCCGCACCGGGUCAGAAUAACAUUAUGAACAUGCGUAAUCGUCUAUUUCAUGCCAUUUACUUCAAAGUGGCUUUAAUCUAUGCCCAAAUGUUUCCCAAACCUUUUCAACGUAUCUUGGAGUAUUUUUUCUUAAUUAAAGCCUUGCUAUUUUUUUCGGCACUGGUUUAUAUACACAUGUCAUUUAUUAAAAAUCCAGCAACAUGCUUAGAACAUGUACAAGAUUGGCCAAGAGAUGGUGUACUUAGAGUUGAAGUUAUACCAAAUUUGGACAAACGUAUGCAAAUUUAUGAAAAGAAUCAAGCGCAUGAAAACUUUAUGCGUAAGCUGCAAUACGACUAUUUUUAUGGCAUUGGACCGAAAACUAAAAAUCAAUUGUAUCAUCAUCAAUAUGCCACAAACGAAACUUACACUUACUAUUUGCAACACGAGUCUACUUAUGCCGAUUACUUAAAAUACAAACAACUUAAUAAUGAAAACAAUGAAAAUAAUGAUAACGAGGAUGAUGAGCAGUAUAUAGUGGAAUAUUCUUUGGAAUAUGGCCAUUUACGUUUAUCGCCCGCCACACGCAAACGUUUGCAAAUACCUGUGCGUGUUGUGCAAUUGGAUCCUUUAAAUAAUAAAUGUUUUGGCGAUACAUUUAGUAAAUUUCUUUUGAAAGAAUUACUGGGCUAUGAUGAUUUAUUAAUGGCCUCGGUACGCGUUAUAGCAGAACAAGAAGAGAAUAAGGGUUAUUUGCGUAAUGUUAUAACCGGCGAGCAUUAUCGCUUUGUUUCAACAUGGUGGACAGCAUGGAGUUCAUAUCCCACAGCAUUUUUUGUGAUGUUAUUAUUUACCUUUUCAAUUUCGAUGUUAUUAAGAUUUUCCCAUCAUCAAAUAUUUGUUUUUAUAGUGGAUCUUUUGCAAAUGUUGGAAUUUAAUGUUAACGCUCGUUUUCCUAUAGCUCCUUUAUUAAUUGUCAUAUUAGCUUUAGUGGGCAUGGAAGCUAUAAUGUCGGAAUUUUUCAAUGACACUACCACAGCAUUUUACAUAAUAUUAAUUGUAUGGGUGGCCGAUCAAUAUGAUGCCAUUUGUUGUCACACCAGUAUUACCAAACGUCAUUGGCUAAGAUUCUUCUAUUUGUAUCAUUUUGCAUUUUAUGCUUAUCAUUAUCGUUUCAGUGGCCAAAAUCGUAGUUUGGCCUUGGUUUCAUCAUGGCUGUUCAUACAGCAUUCCAUGCUGUACUUUUUCCAUCAUUACGAGUUGCCUGUAAUUAUGCAACAAGCCCAAGUGCUCAUAUUAACUCGCAAUCAAAAUGUUGGCAAUGGGGGUGGUGGUGGUGUUGUUGCAAAUAUUGCAGCCGGUAUAAAUCAACAACAACAACGCCAACAGGAACAGCAAGGCCAGGCAAAUAUAGGGGAUGUUGGUCAACAGCAAGGUACGUUUGUGGCAAAUCGUAUAUUCCGUUUAGUACCACUACGACAGCAAAUGCCACAACAACAACAGCAUGGCGCUGCUGCUGGUCAGCAAGGGGGACAGGGGGGCCUGGGUGGCGGUGCACAUGUUGAUGGUCAGCAAAUGCAACCACAGCAAUUGCCAUUUGUUGGUGGUUUGCUGGAGCACUAUGCGGCACAAAAUGUUGGCGGUGCCCUGGGCAUGAUAAGACGUGCCUUAUUUGCCAGAGGUUGGCGUCAGCCCAUACGAGUGCGCAUACAAACAGCCGGCAACUUGCAGCGUAUUAAUUUGGGUUCCAUACAAAUAAAUCCCGAAAAUUUGGCACGUGUUUCACCGACACCAACACCUACAGCAACAGCAACAGGUGCAUCUACCACUAAUGCCGAAAGUACUACCGCAUCAGCUUCAAAUGCAACAAGUUCAGCAAAUCCAAUUGCUGAUUUAGAUACUUCACUAGCAACCGUCUCCACAAACAUUUUUAAUUCAUCAGAUGUCGAAACAAAUCAGAGGGAUGAAUAUCAAAAUCCAACUUCCGCAAAUAAUACAACGAUGACGACGACAACAACAGCAAACACAGAAACACUGACAACUAAAGAAACGGAAAUACUUGAAAACACUCCAACGGAAAACAAGGGUAUUCAACACAACCAGCAACAACAAUUGCAGCCGCCAACAACAGCAACAACAACAAUUCCGAAAGUUACAUUAAAGAAUAAUGCGGUUGAAACGUCUGUUGCUGUGGAGGCUCACAAUGCUCAGGAGCCGGAUGCUAAAGGCAGCCAUAAUGAAAAUCGAGUGGGUGUUAAUUUGCCCUUAGAAACCAUGGAAACUGGCAAAAAUAAUGGCAUUGAAAGUACUUUUGCCAACACGCUUAAUAAUACAAACCUAAAUGACAAUGAUAAAGACAUGGCAAAGAAGCUACAACAGCAGCAGCAGCAACAGCAACAUAUUAAAGAUGCAAAUGAGCAACAACAACUACUACAACUACAUUCAACAUGUAGCAGGAAAUUCAUAGACAAAGAUUUAAAUUGUUUGGAAAAACAAAAGACAAAUGAAAAUAAUAAGGAGGGAUAUUCUGCAAUGCCAGCAAAUGCUACAAACAAUGCAGGCGACGGCAUUGGCUAUAAAAUGGAGCAUGAAGUAGAAAUGGCAACAAUUGAAGCCAUAGACCACAAUAUACCGACAGCAGAGGGAGCCGAAUCAACAAAAUCAACAUCUAUAGAAAGCGAAACAAUACAUGAUGUUGAUGUUGCUGUGAUUGCUGAAAUGAUUGAUGAUAAAACAGCAAACAAACCAGCAACCACAGCAUUAUCAUCAUCAACAGCAUCAGUAGCAGCAGCUGAAGCAGUAGAAGUUGAAAGGUUAGCAGUAGCAGCAGCAACAGCGACAAAUGAAACCGAAAAUGCUACAUCAUUUUUGGGUGAUAACACAACAUCAGCAACAAUGGAAGGAGUUAAUAAAACAAAUAGCAGCAACAGCAACAGCAGCACUAGCAACAUUAGCUGUAGCAAUAGCAAUAGUAGUCAAAUAACAAGUCUGAGUAUGGAUAUUUGUAGUGUUGAACCUUCUACUACUUCUACAACAUUAUUAUUACCAAACAUCACCCCGGACACCGGACAUCAUAAUCAGUCACUGGAUUUAACGGCAAAUGCAUCAUCAACAACAACAACAGCAACAACACCAACUACAUCAAUAACAAAUUCGAUGACUUCUGAUGACGUCCAGUCCUCCACCACAUAAGUUUGUGUUGUUAUUUUUCUACUCGUUUUAAAUUUUUUUUUUUUUGGUCUCUACCCAUCCAGAUGUGUAAUAUUUUUUUUUAUAUAUUUUUGAGGGGGAAUUAUAAACAUUUUAGUUUUGCUCUUAGAUACCCGAGACCUCGGUUACGCUCUCCUAUCAAAGAUUCUAAAAAAGCAAGCCUACUUAAAGCCGCCCUUCUACUUUAAAAGCACUACAUAUGAUGACCCCCUCCCCUUGCUGUCUCUUGUCCUGGUUUUUUAUUUCAAAAAUAAAAUUUAAAAAAAAGUAAACUAAAAAUUAUAAAAAAAAAUAUGAAAGAAUAACAGAAACACAGUGUUACGAAAAAAAAAUAUAUAUAAACCUGAAAUGUAUGUAUAUUGAAUAUUUAAAUAUAAAA